AUGUCUGAACAACAAAGAUAUUCCAUUUCAAGACCUUUAUCGCCCCCAAUGCCAUCUUACGAACCCUUAUCAGCUUCUUCCACCUCAGCAUCAGCUUCGACGUCAUCUGCUCCCACUCGACCUGGAAAUCAUAUUUCUGUAAAGAGGGAAUCGUGGAGACCGGGUCAAGUUUCUUCUACAAAUAAUAUACCUACUGGGCCUUCUUCAAAUUACAAUCACAAUCGUAAUCAGAACGCAUGGAAAGAACCUUCUCCAUCAUCAUCUUCCACUACACCAGCUCAACGCGGUCAAAAUGCACGUUACUUGGCACCUACACAACCAAGACACAGUGCCCAACCAGGCGAAAAUCCCAGUAACACUGAUCAUCAUGGAAGUGGAAGUGGAACUACCAAAGAAAGAGAAAGAGACAGCUCAAGAUCUCCUGUGAGCAGGAGAGAUGGCUCACCUACAAGCUCAAGGGACUAUGAUCGUGAAGAUGUCGAUAGAAGAAGAGAUUACGAUAGAUCAAGAGAAUUUGACAGAGAUAGAGAUAGGAAUAAUCCUAAUUCUAAUUCUAAUAAUAACAAUAAUAAUUGGAAAAGAGAUAAGAAACGAAAAAGUUUCAAUAACAAUGGAGGUGGUGGUGGCAAUUUCAGUAACAACAACAAUAAUAAUGGUGGUCAAGGUGAAAGAUCUUGGGCAGCAUGGAAUCAGAAAGUUCAAAAUACCAAUAAUCCCAAUUCUAGUUCAAAUUCCAGUAAUAACAAUCAAAGUAAUGAUUAUGAAAGAGACAGGGACAGGAGAAGAGAUUUCGAUAGAAGAAGAGACAGAAGUAGGGAUAGGGAUAGGGAUCGGGAUCGGGAUCGACGUAGAUCACCGACAAAGAAUGGUAAAGAAAAGGAUGAUGAAGGGAAUGGAAGGAGCUGGGCAGCAUGGAAAGCUAAAGUCGAAGAUAGCACUUCAAGGAGAGAGAAUGAGAGAGAUAGAGAUUAUGGUAGAAAGAGAAGUUUUGAUAAUGGAAGAAGUUUGGAAAAUGCGAGAAAAGAAGGUUUCUGGACUGGAACUGAAGGUCAUAGACCACCCCCACCUACAGGACCGUCUUCCACCAGAGAUGAUGACAGGAGAACGAGAAGGGAUAGUCCAGAUUAUGGAGCGGGUUCCGGAACAAGAGGAGCACCUAGAGCUGGAGGAAGAGGUGGAAGGGAAAGUCCUGAUUAUGGUAUAGGUGGAAAAGAUCAAGAUAGAUCUCGUCCCUCUUCUCCACAAUUAAACGAUCGUAAAAGAGCCCCAACAUCACCGCAAUCCAAUGAACCCAAGCGUUUACGAGAUGCUUCACCCACCCGCUCAAGACGUGAUUCACCUUCACCACCACCUUCAGAUCGAUGGGGGAGACGUGGACGUAGAUCACCUUCGAGGGAACGAAGUCGAAGUAGAACUCGUAGUAGAAGCCGAAGUCGAAGUCCACCCCCUCCACCUAGAAUUAGACCACCAUCUCCAGCUCAGCCUACCUCUGCAAGCAAACGAGCGCCAUUACCACCCCAGGGACAGAUUUUCAUGCAUGGUGGACCAGCUCAAAGCAAUGGCAGACAAGCGUGGGGUAGGAAUAGAGAGGAGCAAAUGCCUAUCCAAAGAGAUACAAGUGGUAAUGCGUUUAACAGAAAAUGGGGAAGAGAUGACAGGAUGGAUAUCGACAACGACUCUCAAAAGGAUCGUUAUCCUCCGUCCGAAUUGGCAUCUCCCUCUCAGCGAAACGGCAAUGGCAACCUUGGUGGUCAUCACAACAGUUCUACUCCUAAACAAAGUCAUGUUUCAGCAUUUUCACCACGUCAAGCACAAUCGAUACCUUUUACCCAUCCUUCCAAACCGCCACCCCCACCUUCAGACACCCUACCUUAUGGAUCUCCACAGCUCCCCUAUCAAUCAUUCACACCUACCAUACCUCCGACAACAAGCGAUAUCAACGGUGGUGGCUCUCACGGUGGACCCUCCGGUCCGAUCAAAAUAGCAUUCAAUGCAAGUCCUGUAAAAGGUUGGAAAUCGAUAUCGCCUUCCAAGACCAUUCAGAACUUAUUCGACGGUCCUUCUUCACCUGAUCGAUCCCAACUCCAAUCCCAAACAAAUCAAGAGUUGAAUGUAAAUUCGAUGAAUGCAAAUCAACGUUCAUAUCUCAAAACAUCGCCAACGAAAGAUCAUCCUGAUGUUUAUUUGGAUAGGAUAGCAGCUUCGGAAAGACAAUAUACAGCACAUCUGUCUUCGAUAGCACCCUAUAUCCAAGCUGCUUUCACCCAAUGGUUCGCGCAAAAUACUACUCCACCUUUACAAGAUUUCUUGAUACAUUAUUUUGGUAGAGGACCAUCGACGACUGAGCUGGACCAGAUUGAGAGACUGUUGGAGAUGAGAAAGAAGACCGAAAGGGAAACUAGCGAAUGGAGAGGCUUACAUCAGAGAGCCGUAGGAGGGAAUCUCGAUAUCACACAGCAUCGAAACGGUGGACCAGCAUCAAACAACAGCAAUGGUAUUGGAAGUGUCAAUAGUAUUCCUGUCAUUCAAAGUAGAUGGACACCUUCAUCUUCUACGCACAAACCUGUAAUCGAAAAUGAUGGUGAAAACGCACGGACAUCUGCAUAUGUUCCUCGUCAACAACAAUUGGAAUCGAUCAAUAUCAACUCUCUUCCUUCAUCAUCUCAACAUCAAUACCAGAUAUCGACACAGCAAAAACACGAGCGAGGUACACCCGCUCAGUCUGCUCACACCAUCCAUCCUGAUCACCCUCUACCACCCCAUCGAUCGAAUCCACCGACACCGACACCGACACCGACGCAACCACAACCACAACAUCAACAUCAACAUCAACAGAUUGACUCCCCGCAUUCCUCGUCGAAUAACGCACCAUUAUCUGACACAUCGUUCAAAGCCACUCAUUCAGGAGAGAUGUAUCAACUGGUAUCUCACGUGGGAGAAGGAACUUAUGGUAAAGUAUAUAAAGCUAGAAACUCAGAUACCGGUCAAAUGGUAGCUUUGAAGAAGAUCAGAUUGGAAGGUGAAAAAGAUGGUUUCCCGGUUACGGCAAUGAGAGAGAUCAAAUUACUUCAAGGUGUGAAACAGGCUAAUGUUAUUAGACUAUUGGAAAUCAUGGUCUCAAAGGGCUCCGUCCACAUGGUAUUCGAAUACAUGGAUCAUGAUCUUACAGGACUUCUUUCCCAUCCAACACUCACUUUCACCCCUGGAAAUAUCAAAUCACUCUCCCAUCAAAUGUUGUCUGGUUUAGCGUAUCUACAUGACAGAGGAAUACUACAUCGUGAUAUGAAAGGGUCGAAUAUCUUAUUGAACUCUGCAGGCGAAUUAAAAUUAGCAGAUUUCGGUUUAGCUAGAAUAUACUCUAAACGGCAUAGAGAUGAUUACACAAAUAGGGUCAUAACUCUUUGGUAUAGAUCUCCUGAACUUUUGAUGGGUGAAACUGUUUAUGGUCCUGAAGUUGAUAUGUGGUCUGCUGGAUGUAUUGUUUUGGAGAUAUUCGUUACUAAGCCGAUAUUCCAAGGAUCAGAUGAAAUCAAUCAACUGGAAGUGAUUUAUUCCAUAAUGGGAUCGCCUAAAGAGUCGAUUUGGCCAGGAGUCAAAAAUCUGCCAUGGUACGAAUUGGUCAAACCCAAGGAAGCGAUAGAAUCGAGAUUCAAAUUUUCCUUUGAGAAAUGGCUCUCGCCUGCCGCACUUGUUUUGGUCGAGGGAUUACUUCAUUUUGACCCUUCAAAGAGACUUUCAGCGAAAGAAGCUAUGUCCACUUCGUAUUUCAUGACUGAAGAGCCACCAAUGGAGAUGCCGACCCAGCUCGCUGGAAUGGGUGAACAUCAUGAAAUGAGCGCAAAGCAGGAAAGACAGCGAAGGAGGCAACUGGAAGGAAGGUAA